AUUUCCGCGCGGUUUUCGUCAGAUCCCCUUGUCACCUGAGAAGAAGUCGCACUCACUCACCCAACCGCAAUGGCGACGAAUGCGCCGACCGGCACGCACACGCCCAAUGAGCGGUCGGUGGUCGUAUCCGGCAAGAAGAUCCCGCCUCCCACACGCACGGACAUCUUCACCGACGCCGUACAGGCCUUGUCUGGCAAAAGCGCUGCUUGCGGGGACAGACUCGUGCAGAUCUUACGUGCCUGGGACACCGAUGGAAACGGUGAGGACGAUGAGGACGAUGGCUGUGUGACGUGACGCAGGGGAAUGUGUGUGCUGUAUAUGCAGGGAAGUUCGAUGUGGCUGAGGUCAUUCGAGCUGCGCAGCACAUCGAGUCUGAGCAGCGGAAGAGCAAAGGCCUCAGGUGGCUCAUCGCUGCCAUGUGCGUCAUGUACCUCAUCACAAUCGGUAUGCAGCCGCCCAUCCACCCACACCUGAGCACGCCACAGACACAGCCCAGCCCACACAAGAGUAAAACAAACAUCUGCCGUCGAUCUGUUCCCAUCCCAUAUGCUCCUCAGUGAUCUUCUUUGCGGUUGCGUACGGCGCCAACGAAGUAUCAGAGGACUUCCGUAUCGACAAGAACACUGCCGACCUGGGCACCAAGAGAAGGCCCCGCAACACCGUCCUCACCAAGCAGACAUUCGACGGCGUGGACAUGUUCGAUUUUCUCACAGAGGACCUGGAAGACCUGGUGAGGAGUGCGUGGGGUGAAUGAUGGCACACGCUUCAAAUGAUGGAUGCCACGCCAGCCCGAUCAUCCUCUCGGCUGUCUGUCUGUCUGUCUGUCUGUCUCUUGUGGGUGGCUGCAUGCAGUACAAGGUGGAGAGCCUGUACCUUAACUACACUGCGGGCGAGGGACAAACCGUCGAGAAGUACUUCAGAAUAUCCGGUGGGUGAGGGGACAGGGGACAGGGCGGAGGGAGGGAGGGAGGGAGGUCGGCAUCUUCUGCAUGAGGGUUUUGUGGUGUCACUGUGUGAGUGUGCAGAGAUUACCCGGAACAAGGCGACAGACCUUGUGGAGGUGAGUAGAAGCGAACAAAAGGCGUCCAGCGAAUCGAAUCCACAAUCUGUCUGUCUGUCUGUCUGUCUGUGUAUUCCUUCUUCCUUCGAACGAACCCGAAGGUGAAGUUCCUGACGGGAUCUAAGCUGCAAAUCAUGUCCGAGGGCGCCAACCUGAUCCUCGCCGGUGACAAUGAUACGCAGCCCGUGACCCUCUUCGAGGGGCCUAACUACACCUUCGACACCAAACGACUCGUCUGGUAAGCCUUGUCUACCAAAAGACCCAUCCAUCCAUCCACCGGCCGGUCUGUUGUGUGUGUGUGAUGCCUGCCUGCCUGCCUGUCAGGGAUGAGGAUGGCGACGGUGUGCCUGACGACGAGAGCCGCAUCGUGCAGGCCAACGCCACCAACGGCGAUGUCAACGGCACCGACGGCAGCCGCAGGCGGCUGGCACCCACAAGAUUCGGCAACCCAGGGAGAGGCAACAUCUUCUUCAACAGGUCAGUCAGCUCUCGCCCACCCACCAGUAGCCCUCUUCUCUCCACGCCGCUUUGCCACACCUUGUGUGUGUGUGUGUGUAUGUGCCUUCUUUGUUUGUGUCAGUGGUCGGCUCUACGGUCGUGGCAUCAACGAUCUGGGGGCGUCGCGGUUCAACGCAUUGGCGGUGCGCGGCCGGUGUCUCGGCACACGGUUUGCCUGUAGAGGCUAGAUGAACACAGACAUACACAUACACAUAGCUACACACUGACUGACCGACCAGCAGUGUACUUCUGAGAGGGAGGGAGACAACGGGGUACGCGUUUAUAUACCUGUAUGUAUGUAUGUAUGUAUGUGUAAGUGCUCAUAUCCAUGUGUGGGCGUGGGCGAGACCGUUGCCCGUCGCUUCUUGAUAUCUGUCUGUCUCUCUGUCUGUCCGUGUGCACCUCCGCCUAUCUCUGCCUGUAUCGUGAGUGUGAAAUGUGUGUGCCAUGGAAAGGAUCCAUCCAUGUGUUUAUUGGGUAUAGUAAGGGUGUGUGCGUGGGCGCAAACGCACCAGGCUGGCCACGAAGGUUUUCUGCUCGCCUGCCCGCCUGCUUUGCGUUGCUUUUGUGUGCAGCCGAUAUAGAGGCAGCCACACAGACAGACAGACAGACAGACACACAGACAGACAGACAGACAGACAGAAAGACAGAGCCACCGUCCUCUCUCUACGCUGACGAUGACAGUCAGCGGCCUCUCUCUGUUGCCAGCCAGUUAAUCGGAAUAAGGAAAUUGUCUUCCCUCAGUGGCCUCGAUUCCCUUCCGUGGCUGCUUUGCACUUGCGUGUCCUACCUGCGGCGCAAGGUAUCCGAGCAGCUUUGCCGCUGGCUCGGAUGAGCUUGGGCCGCAGGCGGGGAACGCUGGUGUAAGGCGGUCUUCAGACGGUGAUCGAAGCUCAGGGAGGGAGCGAUAUGGGCAAGAAACAGUUAGAGAGUUUGGUUUGGUUGGGAUUGGUCGGGGUUGUCUGUGCGGCGGGGCCGUUCACAUGAUGGCAUGCAUGGUUGGCACCCAGUGACGUGGUGCAGGCCUGCAUGGAGGCGGGCAGACCGACCAGACAGACAGACAGACAGCCAAUACAGUGAGGCCUCUGACGGGUUUAGUGCGGCCACGCCCCAUCGACCUCUCGUGCGUGUCUUUUUGCUUUCUUUCUUUCGAUCCGCUUUAUGUCGCUCUGCCGAAUUGACGUCUGUCUGCCUGCGUGUGGAUUGGAUGGAGGUGCUGUGCACCCCGUGUGUGUGUGGUGGCGAUCGCUGUAACGUAUUGCUCUCUGCCCUUUUUCUGUCUGUGGGUCGGUGGUAGCAUAGCGGUGUGUGUGCUGUCGGCUGUCUGCGAAGACAUUCGAUGGACGAAUGAAUGCACUCAAUCAGCCUAAACGAUG